UAAGUAUAUCAUAUUUUAAUUUAAAAUAUAUCAUUUAAAAUAAGUACAUUUAUUUGAUAAAAUAGUAAUUAUAUUCUUACAUUUUUAACAAGGUUAUUUAGCAUUUCUUUGCGUUAAGCAUCUUUUACACUUAUAAUCUUCACAAUCUACACAAAUUCCAUUUUCAUUCUCAUACCCUUUUGGGCAUUCUUUCAAACAACUUUUUUAAUAUAAUACAUAAUCACUUUUACAAUUAAUACAUUCGCUUCCAUUUUCACACUCUCCACACGUUUCUUGGCAUUUAUUGCAUUAAUUAUUCUCAUAAAAAAAUCCUUUUACACAUACGCAUGUGUUGGUUCCUUCUUUAAAAGUGAACCCUUCUUCACAAUAAUCACACAUAGUAUCAUUACACUUAGCGCAAUUUUUAUCACAAUAAUCUAUGAUAACAAAAAGCUCCCUUAUUCCAAAAUACUCCCCAUAAUCUAGGUUUAAGUUUGUUGAGAGUACAAUGUCUAAAGUAGGUUCACUAUGUUUUACUUCUAUUUAAUAUUACUUCAUAGAGUCGAAAUAAUAUAAACCACAAACAUUAGUUCCCGAUGAUUAAAAAUCAAAUAUUUCCCCUUUAAAAAGUUAUUUAUCAACUUCUAUUGUAAAAUAUUCUUCUCUCCAAUUAUCUAUUUAGAAAUAUACUAAACCAAUUAUUAUUUAAUGAUGAGGUUUUAAGUCUUUAAAUGAUUUUAAAACUUUUGAAUUGGUUGUUGCUAUAUUGAAACCGCCUAAAACUUAGUAUUCUCCGCAUUUGGAAAAAUAUACAUUAUUUAUAAAAUUAUUUAAAGUCAAUCCCAUUGAUUCAAUUUCUCCCAUUCCAAAUUCAUUUGAAAAUAAACCUUUCAUUAAAUAACUUCCAUUUUUAAAAUUCUCGAUUUUAUCUGUACAUUAAUUUAUAGUUCCUUCUUUUAAUACAGAAUUAAAAGGACAUUAUUUAAAAAAGCAUUCUCCAUUUAAAAGAAAAUAACCAUCAUCACAACUAACACACACAUUAGUUAAUAUAUUACUUAUAAUGCCGCAAUUCUUGAUAGAUUUAGGCAGGCAAUAAUCAUCUUUAACGUAAUAUCCAUCUUUACAUUAUUCUACACAUUAAUGAUCUUAAAAAUAUUUAUAUAAUCCUUAACAUCUG